GGUUUCAAAACGUGGUUACGCGACUAGGGGGGACAUCUGCGUUUGGCCCUCUGAAGAUCUGCGUUUCGUCGUGUAUCACACAACUACGGUGAAUAUCUGCGUUUAUCCACCUUAUGGUCUGCGUUCCGUUAAUCAUCGUGAAAAAUAUCCUGAUGUUCAGAUGUUUUGGAAUGACAUAGAGGCAUCUGUCGCCAAUUCGAGUCUACAAUUAGAUAAGGUAAAUACGGCUCGAACAGUAAUGCAUGGCACCGAGAGGUUGAUCAAAACCGCCUUCAACGAAGUUGAUAGCACACUGAAAACCAAUGUUUCUAAUAAUGGACCGAAUGAAAGAAAACGACCAGUCGAAGAGCCCUCUCCUGUUACUACACCUCCUAACCUUCGCAAUCACUCUCCCCCUCCUUUUAACAGCAUGAAUAAUUCUUUCAACGGAGAAUCAACCGAAAUUGAGAAAGAGUCAAUUGAAGCCUCUCCAGAAUUAAAUGUCCAUGAAUCCGAUAUAGAGAUUACGCAUGAAGAUUACAAUGAAAAUCCUUUCGAUGUAGGAGAUGGAUCAAGAAAUCAUAAGUGGGUUGUAGAUGGUCACAACAUUUCUCUUGAUUUCCGUAAAUUUCAAUUAGCAUCAAUAAAUCUUUUAGAGACUAAUCCAACCUUUUUAUACGUAAAAGAUAUGGAUCGGAUUCUUCAAGCCGGAAUUUGUAACAUGUUCCGGAAUAAAAUUCGUCCAAGACUCCUAGUGCCAAAGAUGUUGCCAUCUGUCGUACAUUUAAUAAUAAUUGAAUAUAAUAUGCUUUUAAACGACAAACAGUUAUUGGACACAAAGUGGCAUGAGAAUUGGGCCAAAUGGAGUACACUGUCAACAGACGAGGAUAAAUCCAUCUUCGAUUGUGCGCAGGAAGUCACGAAAAAUUUUUUUACGUAUCUGACUUCAGUGAGUUUCGAUGAGGAUAAGAAACUGGACGAAGAUACCUUCGUUCACCGAUAUUGUCAUAGACUUCUUGAAGAAAUUUUUAGUAAAGAUGAUUUUACAUUGAUCUGGGCAAAUGGUGAGUCUGAAAGUUCGAAAGAAAGACGAAUACUAGACGGAAAGAAUCACGGAAGAAAACCGGACUUUCGUAUACUCUCAAAGAUAGAUGAUGUAAAUACGGAAUUUUUAUUCGGCGAAAUUAAACCUCCAAACAAUUCAACUUCCAUAAACAAAAGUAUAGUAAAGUUGGCGGAAUUCACGAAAGGUUCUUUAGAUCUUAUUAUUUAUAGUUAUGGUUACGUUGACGGUCUGGAAACAUUUGGAGUAUUGAUUCAUGGAAGCGAAAUAAAGAUAUUUAGUAUGGACUUAGCUUUUGACGGUUUAUACCGUUUCAAUCAAUUAUCAAAAAUCUUGUUACCAACGGAAAAUGCGAAUUUUCUAAAUAUCAUUACCGUAAUAUCUACUUUUUAUUCCUUAUUGGAAAGGAUAAGAUCUACAAUUGUUACUAUGAAUUCAUCUCAACCAUCAUCCUCCGGUCACUUGUAUUGUCGAAAGUCGAAUUCGUCACCUAAAAAAAUACGUAUACCGAUAGUUAGAGCUUAG